AUGAGAUUUCUUAAAACGUUAUUUUCUUUAAAUUGUCUUGCUAAUGUUGGAUUUUAUAAAAAGUUUGCGUGUAAGAAUUUAUUUUUUGAAAAUUCUUUUAUAAGGAAAGAUCUAUAUACUUAUUUUAUUGAUAAAAGAAAAUAUUUCCAUAUAAACAAAAAGGAUAUAUGUACUAAUACAAUUAUAAUACCUUUUUAUAAAGAUAAUUAUUCUUAUAUAUUUUAUGAUGAUAAAGAAGAAGGUAUCGUUGUUGAUCCUGCAGAUUAUAAUAUAAUAAAUGAAAUAUCUAAGAAAGAAAAUAUAAAAAUAAAACAUGUCUUAUGUACACAUAAACAUUCUGAUCAUAAUAAUGGAAACAAAUAUUAUUAUGAUAAAAAUAUAAAUGUAUAUGGUAUCAAAGAAUAUAAUAAUAAAUAUAUUAAUCAAGAUAUUUCGAAUCUUACACAUUUCCAAAUUAAUAAUUUUAAAAUAAACAUAUUCCUUUCUAAUUUUCAUAGUACAAAUCAGGUUUCUUACUUAAUUGAAAAUUAUAACAAUAAAUUAAAAAAGAAAUUAUUUUUCACUGGAGACUUUUUAUUUAUAAGUGGAAUAGGAAAAAAUUUUGAACAAGACAAUGAAGAUUUAUAUAAUUCUGUAAAUAAAUUAAAAUUACUAGAUAAACAAAAUAUAUACAUAUUUUGUGGUCAUGAAUAUACAUUGGAUAAUUUAAAAUUUGCUUUAACUGUUGAUGGUAAUAAUAAAAAUUUAUUAUCUUUUUAUGACCAUGUUGUAAAUCAAAAUAAUAAUUAUCCUACUGUUCCUACAUUACUUGAAGAUGAAUAUUUAUAUAAUCCAUUUCUAAGAUGUGAUCAAAACGAUGUUAGAAGAUCUAUAGAACUUUAUGCAAAAAAAAUGAACAUAAAAAUUCAACAAGAGAGUGAUUACAUAGUCAUAUUGAGAUCAAUGAAAGAUAACUUUAAAGCCUCUUAA